UCAACUUCAUUUUCAAACGUAGGCGUAAAAUUCGGAGAGUACACGCGUCGGUAUAAAUAAAGUGUAGUGAAUAAUAUUAUAAAUGAAUCAUUAGUUUUCAUUAAACAUAUAUUUUAUUAUAUCUAAGAUGAUUAAGGCGAUAUUAGUGUUUAACAAUCAUGGCAAGCCAAGACUCUCGAAAUUCUAUCAAUAUUUUAAUGAAGACAUGCAACAACAGAUAAUAAAGGAGACAUUCCAGCUAGUCUCCAAGAGAGAUGACAAUGUGUGCAAUUUUCUAGAAGGUGGCAGCUUAAUAGGUGGCUCAGACUACAAAUUAAUCUACAGACACUAUGCAACAUUGUACUUUGUGUUCUGUGUGGACUCAUCAGAGAGUGAACUAGGCAUAUUGGAUCUUAUACAGGUAUUUGUAGAGACUCUAGACAAGUGUUUUGAGAAUGUGUGUGAGCUGGACCUGAUCUUCCACGCGGACGCGGCGCACCAGGUGCUCGACGAGCUGGUGAUGGGCGGCAUGGUGCUGCAGACCAACAUGGCCGACAUACUGUGCCGGCUGCAGGAGCAGAAUAAGAUGCAGAAGGCUGAGGCGGGUAUAUCGGCGGCGCCCGCGCGUGCAGUGUCCGCCGUCAAGAGUAUGAACCUGCCGCAGCAGUUGCGCGACAUGAAGCUGCCCGAUCUCCCGCAGGCCAUCAAGGACUUGAAAUUCUGACCGCUGCAGCAGGGCGCGUACCCCGCCACGCCCGUCGCCAUAGCAACCAACAUCAUCAACACAAUCUACCCCAACGACCGCUAUCAGAACCUACAGAAACCCACUGAGAACUUUGCCAACAAAUUCUUCGGCUCCGAGUCGCUCAGCACCAGGUUCUCAGAGUCAUUCUCAGAGAACUACCAGCAGACAGAAGGAAUCAACUUCCCCAACUAUGAGAGCCAUAAGUCUGAUGGUUAUCAGGACUUGAGUGGAAGUAAUGUUGAGUAUGAGUAUGCUGAAGUUAGGAAGAGAAAGAAAAAGAAGAAGAGACAGUAAGAGACUUCUGCACAUUCCUUAUUGAAUAUAGAAUUCGUGAUUAUUGUAAUGCAGAUGUGUACGCAAAUAUGUAAAGUUUAUGGUAAUAGAAUUUACAUAAAAUGUAAACACAAACUAUUUUUCAGGAUUUAUUAAAUUUUUUUGUAAAUUCCAAGAUCAAUGUAAGAUUGAUAAGCUACUUAUAAAAUAUUGAACAAAAUAUUUAUUUACAUUUUUAUAAUUUCUAUUAAAAUAAACUGCAUGAGAUUAAAAUUAUGUUUAGAUUUUUUUUUACUUGUGCUACUUCUAAUGCACUCAACAAAGAUCAGACUGUGUGUGGUCAGCAUUAUAGCAUUAAUACAUUUUUAUUUCUAUUUAUAGUAUACUAUGGAUGAAUUAUUGGAAUUACUUAGUUUUAUGAAUAAAAAAUAUAUGUAUGUAUGUAUAUUGGAAAUAACAGUAAAAGUUAGUAAAAAUUAGGCUUAAUUAGUAAAAAUACAGCAUUUUAAUGCUGCAAAGAAAACAUUAUGUGUAUUAGAAAUUAAAGGCUUUUAUAAAAAUAUGUAGUUUAUUAUAAAUGUGUUAAAAAUCAAAAUAUUUCAAUUAGGAUUAUUUUACAUUAUCUCCUGUCUCAUACUGUGUUUUGUAAUGUUAAUGUUGCAUGUGAAAUUAAAACUAUUAUGAAUCGAUUCUACAGCAGUCAUUCAUGUGGAACAUAAGGGUUGCUGUUGCAUUUUGUUAGUGAACCAGUCCUCUUCCAUUCCUCUUUCUGCGUCUUUAGAAGCCUGAUGCACCCGUGAUUCCUGUCGAAGACUUCAUUUAUUUGCAAUAUGCUACAAAAUUUUAGAAUUAUGUCAAGGAAAAAGUCAAUAUAAUAUCCAUGAAAAGAAUGGCGGUGUUCUUUGAUUUGGUGACAAAGGUACACGAAAAAUGAAAAUGUGAAAACUAACUGGACGUUAGUAAAGAUGAACUCCCACACGUGGCGGCCGGCGGACUGCGGACUAGUGUUAAAAAUGUGUACUCCUUGUGUAAAAAUGUUUCAAAGGACAGUUUCUGUGAAUUUUAGAAAGAGAAUGUAUUGGAUGCCUAUUUCAGUGUUAUUAACACCGUUUUGUUUCGAUAAAAAUUAGAUGACUGUCGGGGAACACAAUAUUUCGGUUAUUAUUGCAUUCUGAGCUGUUUGCUGACGAGGCUCCUGUCGACUUUUAUAUUUCUCGUCUAAAAUAUAUUGGAGCAGGAAAUAUUUUGUCGGAGUUCGAAGAAGCAGUUAUUGCUUCGCGUGAAUGAACAUUUUACGGAAAAAUAUCAAUGAUACUGUUUACCUAUUUCUUAUAAAAAAAAAUAUAAUAAUCGAGGCAUUCGGGUGGCGUGCAAUUUGAAUUAGCACGAAUUAUAGUAACUUGAAAUUGAAUUUUCACCAAUAGCAUUCUUCUAAAUCAUAGAAACUUUCUUUUAGGAUUUUUGUAUUUAGUUAAUAAGAUAUUAUAUUUUCUGUUAUAUCAAAA